AUGGAAUCAACUGAUAGUCCUAAGAAAAGUAUGAUAUUACGCAGCCGUAAAAAUCUCGAUAUGCAUAUACUCGAUAUGCCUAUCGAUAUUGAUGAAGAAUUAAGUAACUUAGUCACUCAAAUUGAACAAAAUACUUUCUCAAUUUUAUCAAUUAAACAGAAAUUUGCACUUAUGAAAAAGAAUGGCGAUGAGUUCAAGCAAGAGGCUCAUUCAAGACUCGAUUCAUUUAAUAAAUUGAUUGAAAAUCUUGAAAAUAAAACACUUGAAACUUUCGAUUCUUACAGUGCUCGUUUAGAUAAUAUGGAAAUAUUAUCAUUCAGACCGUCAAUGUUCCAUCCAGCUAAGUCAUUUACAAUUCCUACAAAUAACGAGAUUACUACUAUCAGUAACACUGAUGAUUUCAUCUUCAUUGGCACUGAUAUUUCCAUGAUUUUCGUUUUUAGCUUUGAUACAUUACAGAAAUUUGUUGAUUUAGGUCCAUUUGAUAACAAUCCAAUCACUAAGCUUUGUUCAUUCAAAAUAGAUACUACAACAUAUGUAUUAUCAUAUACGAAUACCAGAACGGUUUUCAUUUCAGAUCCUAAUAAACCAGCUUUUCAAGUUAAACAUAAUGGACAUAACUUUAUUUGCUGGCCAAGCUCUUUGAGCUGCAAAUACAAAUUUGCUAUUUUCCGUCAGAAAGAAAUCCGUCUUUUCUCGAACAGUUUAGAACAGUACGAUACCUUGACUUUGACAGCCACUUUAGGCGCAGGAGGAGUUGAUAGCUUAGUUACAGCCUACGAAAAAACCGUUACUGUUGUCAAUUUUGGAGAGGAAGAAGAGACAAGACGAACGUUUGAUUUUAACUUCGAAAUUACUCACUUGACCGCAUCAAAAUCUUUCUUCUGCGUAUCAGGAAAAGAAGAAAUCGUAAUUUGCAAUUAUGAAGGAGAAAAAAGACAAAUUAAUUUCAAUAAUCCUACCUCGUUUUUGACUUCUAAUGAAUUCUAUAUUUUCAGAAUAGCUAAUAAGAUGAUGAUUGAAGUUUACGAUGCUUUUGGUAAAAAUAAAGUAAUUUAUGUCGGAAGCGAUAACUGGUCACCUCAUGAUGGCCAUGAUGCUCCUUCUGCAGCAUGCUUAUGCGACUCUGUAAUUAUGACAGGAAAAUCGACCAAAUGCGUAAUUUGGUCUGAAUAA